CAUUGAGUCAACCAUUUUCCACUCACUCUCUCCAAGGAAACCAGAUACCAACACUUAAUCCCUCUUAUCAACCGAUACCCAACAAACAUCCAACCCACCCACCAUGGCCGACGACUCCCUCUCCAUCUACGACGAGAUCGAAAUUGAAGACAUGACCUUCGAUCCCGCCCUCCAAAUCUAUACAUUCCCCUGCCCAUGCGGCGACCGCUUUGAAAUUGCGAUCGAUGAUCUACGUGACGGCGAGGAAAUCGCUGUCUGCCCGAGCUGUAGUCUUAUGAUUAGGGUUAUUUUUGACUUGACCGAUCUACCCAAGGCGGAUAAUGCGGCGAAUGCGACUGUCGCUGUUCAGGCUUGAAAGGAAAUGCGACUGUGGAGAUUUUUAUUUGAAGGUGCCUCGCCUCGGCCUUGGUUUGAGGGUAGCUGCCUAUACCCACUACCGGGUUUUAAGGAAGACUUGGCUUGCGCUAUGUUCGGCUCUGGCGCUGGGAACUGCCCGUUGAUGUCGAUUUAAAGGCGACUCGACCUCCUGCCUUGGGGUUCAGAUAUCCUCUGUGGGUAUCUGCACAAGGCUAACGACCACGCCAUAUCCAGCCCCAUGCGCCGUGCUCAAGGUUGUGGCUCGAGUGUGAUUGACUUGACAGCCUGGAAGUUUUUCGCACCGAAUGUUGCAGGAAUCCUUGGCUGUCAAACAACACCCCUUGAGUCUCAACUUGAGUCUCAAGCAUGAAUUGCACACAAACCUGGCAAUGACAUGGUGUUAGGAUUUCCAAGUAUCACACGCGGAGACUGUCAUCCAUCCGGAGUUCAUGGGAUACUCUCCGCAAGAAAAGUGAGACACAAGGGAGUUUGGUUAUAAGUUAUUUGGAAGGUCCAGGUCUGUUCAGGAGCUCCCCUCUUCCACAUCUUUUUUUCUCGUGAUGCAACAGUUUGAAAAUGCUCGAUACUUGGACAAAUUUGUGAUACCUAAUUAAAUACAUUGC